GUGAUUGACGCCUUCAAGAUGGCGGUGUUUGAGAAGAAGAAGGAGAGUAAACUGAAUUUAGAUGACACGCAAUGUUUAACAUGCACUAUCGAAGCAGCUGAAAAUGUACAAGACUUUACGAUUUAUAUUAUUCGAGUGCAGCGAGGUCCUUUUGUAGAUAAUUCAUGGCAAAUAUCUCGUCGAUACAGUGACUUUGAUGCACUAAAUAAUAUGCUGCAAAUAUCGGGAGUUGAAUUACCUCUCCCUCCAAAAAGAGUAUUUGGAAAACUGGGCAGAGAAUUUGUAGCUGAAAGGCAGCAAGGAUUACAACAAUAUAUGAAUACAAUUUUAUCACAUCCAAUGCUAGCUUUAUCAUUACCAGUUAAAAGAUUUUUAGACCCAGAAAAUUAUUCACAGAACUUCUUAGAGAUAGCUCUUCAACAUGUUUCAAUGGUUUUUCGAUCAGAAUUGAGAUGGGAAAUAGUUGAACCUUUUCCAGAUAUAGGUAUGUAAUAGAUAUUGACAGAAGUUAGUAAAUAUUUUAUUAAUAGUUUUAAAUAUUAACAUACUUUUAA